CAAGCUCAUCUUUAUAAUAUGACAAUUUGGACUUCCUCACAUGUUUCCUCUUCAUCUCCCUUUUCCAGUUCUGUGUUUCCUCUUGGCCCUCUCUUUCUGCCUCCUUCUUUUCAUACCGACACAUAUUUCCAUUUUCCCAGCGUCUUCCCCCAUUUCUUUCAUCCCUCCCUCCCUCCCUUCCUCCUUCCCCUCGCCCGUGCGGCUCCUCUGCUCAGGUCCGUCCAUCAUGGUUCGGUCCUGCUCUGUGUCUUUGAUUCCCAUCUCCUCUCAUUCCUCAGCCUGACAGGCCUGACAGCCCGUCCCAAGCUUGAUUGGACCGUCACUCACAGGGCGACGGGCGAAAAUAAACCGUCCGUCCUCGGCCCCGAUGUUAAAAUCACAGCACCGCUGAAUCAUGGCGCUCCAGCCGUCCCCAUGCACAGCUGGGUGCUCGGCGGCAUAAACAACGCAAACACAUCCACACGCUGUCCACUUAGAAACACGAGGGUUUUAGCUGCACCUCUCACUCUUCUUUUAUCUUCACUCCUCCCUCUCACGUGUUCUGUGUUUGAUUGGUGUUGUUUGCACGGCUCUUUACAACCCCGCCGGUUGAUUCAAAAAGGCUCUAGUACAUACUGUGUUUACUCCUUGUACUUGAGCAAUAUGGGAUAAAAAACAGACAUCCCAAGCUUCAAACUGCCAGGAACAUUUAGCUUUAAAUCAUGAAAAAAUCAGAGUAAAUGUCAGUCUGUUUAGUCUAAAUUAGUUCGAGUCUGUAGAUGUUUAACACACUGAUAAAUGUCGAGUGGUUGAGUUUAAAUGUUUAAAUGUGUGCGACAGUUACAGCCACAACUACUGCGAUGUGGACUCUAGCCUCUGUACAUGGAGCGGGACAUAACUGCCAGGCUGUCCGAUGUGGUUUCUAACACCCCGAUAUUUGACUACUUAACCUUCUGGUGGGAUAAAGCUUCUUAUAAACAACCGACAUUCAUCCUUCCAUCUUUAUUUGGAUUUAUAUUUGCGUCCCGGUCUCAAGAUUCAUUUAAUGAAAAAUAAAACUGAUGAUGAAAAACCAUCACCUGACUUCCAGUAUUGUCCAUUAAGCAACAAUAAUAAAUGACAGAAAUCCAUUAAAAGGCUUAGAAAAGAAAAAAAAUGUUACCUUUAAUAAAGUGGUGGAAGUUUACAUUGCUUCAAUGACACAGAUUUGUCCCAAUCAUCAAGGUGCUCUUGGUUUAAAAAAUAACAGUUUCCUAAAAUAGAAGUUAUUUUAAGCACAGCACGUCCGUCUUUUCAGCUCAGUUUGGUUAUUUUUGUGUCUUCCUGCUCUCUUUAUGUUUGAACCUCUGACAUUCUGCAGACACAAGACACCACCUCCCCUCCUGCCCAUCACUCACCACUCCCCGGCUACACCUGCAGUCACCUGUGCUGCCCUGUGCGGGGACGGGGUGUGUUUAAUGUCAGGGUUCACAGCUGGCUGGUGUGUCGGGGCCCUGCCUCCCGCCCUCUGCUUGGCCUUGUCAGUACCGUUGCCACUCAACUGUAGUAACCUUCUCGUCCACCGAGCCUUGUUGUUUCUACACGGGAACAUGAGUGAUGGUGUGACUUCCUGCUGCUGCGCUGCCUUGUGACAUGCUGUGAUUUUCAAAGACGUAGCCAUUAGCCCGGGACAAUGCGAGACCUUUUGUGCAACCGUGAAAGGUCUGCAGCAAUUUAGUUGUUUUUUUCCCCCUCCUGCCAUGUUACUUAAUUGUUCAUUAAUUAGAAUAGAAAGUGGUGCAAAGGGCAGCGUUUGGGCUCGGGCCAUCUGUUCACAUUAUGGUUGGAAAUUUUGACAACAUAUUUAGAAACAUGGUUUUAUUUUUGCCAAACUAAAAUGAACAAUUAAUUCAAGAAUUAUGAGAUUUCAAAUCGCCCCAAAUGCAAUUGCCUAAGGGCGUCACUCCAAUUAUUUCAUGCACAAGCAAGCAGUUAACAACUGCAAACAAAUGAUUCUUCUAUCAACUGAGUUCUUGUUUUUUCAAAAUAAUAAGAAUAAAAGAUGUCACAACAACACAUUUAAAAAAUUUAAAAAAACGCUAGGGCCUCGGUUGAGUGCGCCGAUUGGUUCAGUGGCUCCGUGCCUGGCUUAAGGGCACCUCGGCAGAGCUCAGAAAGUUAACUGGCACAACGCCAGCUACCAGACCAAUGUCCAGACUUGGUCCGCACCGGGACAUGAACUGGCGACCUUUUGGAUCCCAAUCCAAGUCCCUUACAGACUGAGAUACUGUUGCCCCAUGGUGGUGAUAUUUGACAACAGUGCAUUAUGUUACCAGUCUUUUGCUGCACGACUUUAAAGGCUUUAUUUGUGAUUUUUCACACUUAAAUAUAAUAGAAAUCAAGUAUCUCCUCUGAAAAUAACUCUGAGUCAUGACUGUCUAUAAUGGGUGUAACACCCGAGUCCCACUGUCUGUGAUGCUUUCUGAGUUUUCCGAGUCCUAUCUUCAGUUUGUUUACAUCGUCAGGACAGCCGGCUGACUCCUCCCCUUGUGUAUAAAAGUUGUUUAAUUGAGGGACUAGAGAAAAGAAGAAUAACAUACUGUACUCACUGCUUAACUGUGUUUCUAGAUCACGCUCAUUUCAGGUAAAUUUACAUGCAGUGUGAAGAUACGAGCAUAAUAAAGAUCGCUAGCAUUAGCAUGCUAACACAACAAUGCAGUGCGAGUUGUUUUGGUUUCAUGCUGGUGCUCAAGGGCGACAUCUGCUGGAUCAAAAAAUCUCAUAUAAAGCCUUUAAUUAAUCACCCAAUACAGAGAGAAUCAUGAAACACCAAAUAUAGAUACAACAGGUAGUAUACUGCAGUAUCCGCCUUCCACAUCAUGUCGAUAUACAAAGGUAAAUACUGUCUCGACCUGUCGGAGUCCGCCUCUUCAUUCCCCGCCUCCUACCUACAUAAAGCAUGAGGAUCAUUAUCAGCUCUUCAGAAGACCUCCUCCUCCUCCUUCACACUGACAGUAGAGAGUUUCUCUAAUUGAUAUUGAGUGCUAUGAGAGGAGAGGGAAUAAGUUAACAACCUCUUCACUCAGUAAACGAGUAUUAAUCACUCGUGUCCAUCUCUCCUGGGACAGAUGGAUGGAUGGAUGGCUGCUGGGAGUCUCAGAGGAGUUACUGUCUGUAUUAACUGUGGAGUCAGUGACAUAUGGAUCACGUGCUCCUCAAGAAAAAAGACUUCAAAAUGAUCUGUGCAGGGUGUAGAUUACAAAAGAGGCUUUGCUUAUAAUGAAAAUCUGUUGAAUCAAAGUCGAAUGAAUGUCUUAUUUAGCUGUCAAUGUAAAGAAAAUUCAGAAAUCGUACACAAUAUAAAGUUCUGUUUGAGAGCUCAUGAAAGGAAAUGGUCUAAUGAUUAUUUUAUUGUAUCUUCAAAGUAACUGGACAGAUUGUGAUAAACUGAGUUUUUAUGUGAAAUGUAGGAGAAGCUGCACCACAUUUUUAUUUCCAUUCUUUGCGCUCUGAAAAAAACAACAACUUAAGGUUUCAGCCUCAGCGAUCCAUCCGUCUCACCCUCCGUCUAAUGCUCUUAGUUUACUCCAACACGGUGUACGGAGCAGAGGAAAUGCCCGCAGGGAUAUUCACAGCUGCCCGGUGCCAUUUUAAAUGGGUGAGGGAUGGCGAUAUUGUUCUUUUGAAGGUCAUGGCUGCUUGAGUGGAGAGUUCGCUUUGUCCAGAGCGUUGCUGCUCACAGGGGAGCUGCACAAAUAUGAACAGGUGGUAAUGAACCGUGCAGCAGGAACACAGUUCAGAGGUCCAGGAAGAUUACAGUUAAGGGUGGAUUAGAAAACAUCCCUCAAAUUCUGUUCCUUUUAUCGCAAUCUUUUAGUCAGUAAAAGACUUCAGUGAUCAGACGUAUUCCGCAUGUAUCUGAGGGCCCCUGCUCGGUAUCGAUGUCGGUGUGUGUGUAAUCAGACGCUGAACUUUCUGCUGAGAUGAGUUUCAGGGUGAUUAGGGGAAUGUUUUUCGGAUGUCUGCUUUGGUUGGGGGCGUGAUCAAUUGGAUCCAUACCCGCUAACGAAGCUUUUAAUUAUGGUUGUGACCUCCAGGUCUUGUUUACGUCAAAGUUGCCUUCAGUCCAGAGCUAGACUUUGCUGCACCUUCCACUAUGUAUUUCAAAGGAUGCUCUGAAACUGUAAACUCCUCACCUGUAUCAGGAGCGUCUAAUAUUACCAGAUAUAUUCAGUCCCUCUUUCAUAAAUGAUUACUCAAACACAAAGUUUAGACAUUGUGCGGUUUGUUUUGCUUGUAAAUGCAAAUUUUCCAGCUCAAUGCAGAGUUUGGAUAAUAAUUGCCAAUUGGAUGAUAAAUACCCCCACACUCUAUCAUCUCAGUCCUGAGACUUCCUCUAUUUAAUGUGAACAUGAAAAAAAACGUCCUUUCUUGUUCUGUCAGACUUACAGUCCCAUGCUUUUUGAAUCUUUUGCAAAAUAUCAGAUUUUCUUUCAGAGUAAAAGGUUGCAUCCUGCUCUGGUUCUGUUAAAAUAUCUCAGUGCUACAUGAAGCGUUUCUGCUUCAAGGAUUCUGAUGAUAAUAUCCACUGCACAGUCAUAAAUGAGUAAGAGGAGGUUGGACCCCACCCUCAUCUAGCAUUGAGGGGUUACACUCUAGAUAUUUUGAUAUUCCUAUUCAGCCGACUUCACAAAACCCUAAUUGGAUUGUUUCUUGUCUGGCAGGUUUCAGAGACAGAUGCAUUACCUUCUUAUCUGGGUUUUUAAUGUGCACAAUUUUAGAGCUCCGACUGAGUGAAAGGGGCUAAUUGAUGUUUUCAUGAAGCUGUUAGAGAGCGUCAUGGAGUCUGGCUGACUCAUCCCUGUGAACCGGAGCUGCAGCAGCGAGGAGCGCUAAACAGCGGGGCCGACCGCUGUGCCUGCUCUGUGCUGUGUUUACCGAUAGCCGUAUCUGAGAGGACACAACUUGUUACGAGGCAAGGCAGCCACUUAUCACUCAGUCCUCCCAACAAACUCAGCAGCAGUAUGACCCGAUAUGAUUGAAGAUUUCAAGCUCUACUGCAGCACGAAAUCCACAGACCUUGGUGAGAAGUGGGGGGGAAAAAGCCAAGGCUUCUACUAAUUACCUAAGAGAUUAUCCAAGAGGCGCUUCAAGAGUCUCUCUUAAUUAACGCCGGGAUGAUUGCUGCGCUCCAAAACCACUAGAGGGAGGACAUGUUUGGAUUGGCAAACGAGAUGAGAAAAGAGAAGCGCUGCAUGACCGGAUUGUUGCGCUGCAUUGAGGUACAGUGUGUUUUUCCUGAGUGUUUGAAAAGCAGGGCCACCGAUCUCAAGCGCAGCUGGGAAGUCCUUGACCUUUACACUAUCAUCAAUGAGAAAUUGCUCAGGCUUAAGUGUCCCAGUCAUCCUCUCAGAGAAACCAGACCCCCCAACUUGCAGCUUUCUUCUGCUCCGCUGCGCACAAGAUUGAUCAUCCCCUCUCACCUUCUACCAUUUUCUACUCAUUAAUUGAGUCCAGGAAUCCCAUCUCUUCUGAAGAAUCCGCGGUCAAUGACUCCUUGGAGCAUUGAGGGUGUGUGCCAUCCAAGGCUUAACAGCAACAGCUUUGUUUGCCACCAGCGAGAAUACAGCUGUAGGAGCCUUCUCUGGAGGGUUGUUAAAGCUGAAGCGCUCCUCACAAGGUCAUUGCCAUUCCCGUCCAGGUAAUAUAAAUCAGAGGCUGCGAGAUGGACGGGGGCACUAGUUAUGUGGAGGUGAUAUGUGACCCGGUGACACCUUCUCAAUUUACUCAGUUUCCGUUGUCGCGCGUCAAGCGUAGUCGGAGUCGCAUGUCAAUUUGAAAGUACACGUAAUCACAAUAUCCUGACAGAUAUCUGAAGAGUUAUACGGCCCGUCCAAUCUGAAUGAAGGAGCUGUGAGGAGGGGGAAGAUGGUCCUUGCUACUGCUGUCACUGGGGACAUGGAAAUGUGUUCUAUGAGACUCCAUCAGAGAUUCAAUGGCAUCUCUUAGAGGGGCUUUAUCAAUCUGUCAAUGCAUAAUAAGAAAAGAAGAUCGUCAUGCAAGGCCCAUGCUGUAAUGACAAUAAGAAGAGAUGACAGGUUCAGACCUACACCAAUCUUUUGCAUCAAUCCAGAGACCUCCGAGGCCCUGCUGGAUUUACUGUGUAAAUAAAAUACCAGUCUCUUGUUUCCUUGGUCCUCCAGAGAGCUGUCAAGGUGAUCACAGAUAAUAUGCUUUUUUUUUAUUUCAGGGCUGCACAAAGCAUUGAGAUUCAUGGCUGUAGGUGCAAUAAAGUGCGAUAAAAUUGUCAUGGGCAGACGUGAUUCGCCCACCUCGUGUAGCAGAGAGUCGGUGACAAAUGAGCACAUUAUGAAAAGCUUCAUUCUGCCCGGCUUUGUUCUCGGGUGUUCAGCUCCCUUCUACCAUCUGAUUGACUUUCAAUUUCUUUGAAAACUAACGCAUUAGUUCCUGUGUCUUAAGUAAGACGAAUGAGUUCUUCCCUCCAAUUAGCAUAAACCUUUUUGAAAUACGUGUGGGCAGAAAAAAAAGAGAGAUGUUAUGCUUUAGUAUUUGCAAUUAGGAGGGAUAGAACUAAAGGGGAAUUCCACCAUUUUUAAACCUCAAUAAGUAAUAGGUACAGAAAGUCUUGGAAUUACCUGCAUAAAUAGCUUGAGCUGGCAGCUGCAAAACAGGCUGUAUUGGCUAUAACAUAAAAAUCAUAUCCACUAUAAAUGCUUGAUUUGACACUCACAGUAUCAAAAUGAUAUUUGACGUGACACCACUGCAGAAAAAGCAAUUUUUUAAAGGAAAGUGCCAUUUCAUUGAUCUACUCAAUACAUGAACUUCAAAGUGUCUACAGCUGCCUGAAGCAAUAAGUCUGUCUGUGAUUUUGCGUUUUAAAGGCAAAUUUGAACGAGACAUAAUAUUUGUGUAGCACAAAUAAGACAAAAAAACUAACUGUUAGGGAUAUGCAACCCUCUACUACUGCAAGGACAAAUCCUGCUUUUCUCUAGGUCUCUGGUUGUUUUGUUAUAAAGAGCUGUUGAUGGAAAAAAAAUAUCUAACUCUAAAUUCCAUCACUGCCAGGAUUCUUUCCUGGUGCUUUCACACAUGCACAAAACUUCCAGAAAAUUUCAGGCUGAGCUUCAUGUGUGAACGCAGAGAGCCGCAUUUCUCCACUCCUGCCUUACCUGGAAUCUUUGCUGCUAGACACGAGUAAAGUUUCUGUAUGAAGUUGAGGUGAGCUGAUGUGAGAAUGCAGCAGGUAGUGUCCUGAAAAAUUCCCCACGAGUAAGUCGAAGGGGGGUGAUCAUGGUAAUAUCCUGCAACUGUCACAAAACCAUAGUAAUUUGGACCACGCUGCUGCCAGCUGAAGAAAUCUACAGAAGCAGUUCUUAAACUUUUUGUACCUCUUAGCCAUUCCUCUCAAAAAAAACAUUUCAGAACAGGUUAAUGAGUAAAGACAGAAUCCUUUUUUCCUGGAGUCUGCCAUCAUGUGUUCUUCCUCACAGCCUCUCCUGCAGUAUUUUAGUCUUGGCUGAACUUGUAAAAGAGGAGCUUCAGGUAGUGUAUUAGUGCCGAACCACCCCGAGGCACUCUUAAUUAAAAGCCCCAUGCCAGUUUCCUUCCUGCGAGUGUCGGUGUCAGAUAGGCAUAAAGCUCACUUUCUCCUGCCCGCCACCUUUUCCUCCCUCGUGUACGGCGGGGAGACAGGUGGCUGUGCUCGGUCGUUCACACGCUGCAGACAGAAAGGUGGAAUGAAGAUGAGAGUUUGAAGGAGAAAAAUGUCAGGAGGAGCAAAGAGGAGCAGACAGAUGGGGUAUAGUGAUGGCUCUUUCACAUAUUAGAGAUGUUUUUUAUGACAAAGAAGUGGAGAGUCAUGCAGAAAGGAAUAGGCAAUCUACAAAAGAGCGGAGAAUCGGAGACGCUUUCAUGACCUAAAAAGAGUCCUUUAUUAAAGUGAUAGCUUGUGGGAUUGUGAUCCUGACUUCUGGUUAAAGCUGAGUUGUAGUGGAUCGGGAGAAAACUAUUAACAGUCAUUGAUUUAUCUUUUCAGCCAAGAGUUAAGCCAAAGUGUCAGAACAUUCUCUGCUUGUAUUGUUUAUAUAUUAUAGUAAAUGAAAUCGCAUAUUGUCACCAUUUAUUCACAUUUAUAUAAAGACAAUAUCUCACAGAUUAAGCAUGAGGAAAAUAAUUGGUCAUUGCUGCCCUACGUCUUUGUCCGUGUCCUUGCAGGUUGGUCCGAUGCCCGGCAGUUUAACCCAUGUGUAUAAAGGGGGGGAUGGAGGUCAGAAAGGGGAGGAUUUCAACUCCCAGAGCUUUUCCCAGAGCCAGAGAUUACUUUGGAUGAAAGCCAAAAAAGCAUUAAAUAUUGACCACCUAUGGGACAGGUUUUCACUUUGGCAGCUGAUAUGUUUGAGUGCUCCAUCUACACGUGUACUGUGUAUAUAUGUGUGUGUGUGUGUGUGUGUGUGUGUGUGUGUGUGUGUGUGUGUGUGUGUGUGUGUGUGUGUGUGUGUGUGUGUGUGUGUGUGUGUGUGUGUGUGUGUGGAUGUGUGUGUGCGUAAAAAGUGUGAAACUAAGGGGGGAGGAUGUAGGUUUGACUUUUCAAAUUCUGGAUAUAUUUCUUUGUUGUAGUCACAGCAAAGAUCACCUUGUGUCACCAUUAAUGUCCCAUUAGAAGACAAUGAAAAUAUAUGCAUCGUGCAUAUUUAAUGUCACAUUUAUCAUCAGCAGCCCUUCUGAGUGAAUGCAAACUGAGUCAAUUUGCCAACUUGCCUCUUCUUUGUUUAAAAGGGAAAGUGAUUUUUACUUGCAAAAAAUCUCCCAGACACCAAAAAUUAGUCUAAGAACGCAACACAGUAAACAAAGAGCAAGAAAGGAGAACCUCCAUCAGAGGUCGGCACCUCUGAGGUCGUCCAUAGGGCGGUGCCACGGGCUGAUUCUUUGGGCCAAUCAACGGACUGCAGUGUGUCUAGCUCCAGCCUUUAAGGUCAGAUUGAUACCCUUGGCACUUGAACAGAAGGGCAGCAAAAAGGUAGGACGGCAUGGAUCGGUUAUUUUGGUACCAGAAUAUGUGUACCAAACCAAACUGAACCGGACCGCUUGGUGGAAACAUGGCUUUAUGUAAACAAAGAGUAUUUCUACCUGCAGUAAUACAACUGUUUCCUUUGAAAUCCUCCAAGGACUCUUCUAUUCUUGUUAAUUUUUUUCCUUGACACUUUCCUCCUAUCCCCUUUUAUUGCUGAUGGUUGCUGUUUCCAUUUGUUCAGUCCGGCCUGAUAAUUAGAACGAGUUCUGUCCUCCUGAUGUGCAUUAAAGUGCCACUGCAGCUGAUUGAUGAUGCCUGUUUGGAUUAUUUUCCUGCAACUUUUGUAAUCACUGCAAACCUGCGCUAGAACCAGAAACAAAACCAUUCUGAAACCUGCUGUUCUUACCCGCGCUAACCAUCCAAGACAGCAGGGUCUCUCUUUCAUGUGUACACUAAAGUCUCAGAGCGCUGUCUGUGGUCUAAACUCAUUUUCUGCACAUGUGUGACAAAUUAUGGGACUGCCUGUGUUUAAAGGACAGCUUGAUGAUGGAAGUUGUGGAGCUGGCUGCGUGCCAUCGCAGGGCUAUGACUAACUCCUGGUGUCACGGCUUGAUUCAGAGUGUGCCUGUCACAUAGCUGUCGGUCCAUAACCUCACUGCAUGCCACGCUGAGGGGGGUCUCCUUUUGACAUGCUCAUGCUAGUUGCCACCUCCACAAUCAAUUGGAGAUGGGAUAUUAACAGCAGGAGGUGGAGACACAUGGGGAUGGCUUUUCUAUCUUCUACUAACUCCAAUGAUUCUAUGGUUGUCCGUGACAUUUCCCCUGGUUUUUAUUUUACACCUGAUGUUUCUGGGACAAACAGCUGGAAGGCAGAUCCACUCCCAGAGUAGAAACCUUAUAUACUGUCAGUUAUGUCAGCUAGAAACAUGCCUUAAGGACGUUAGGACCUGGAUGACCAGAAAUUUUUUGCUACUUAACUCAGACAAGACUGAAGUUAUUGUGCUAGGCCCUAAGAACCUCAGAGAGACUUUUUCUAGUGAUGUGACUGUCCUUAAUGACAUCAGCCUGGCAUCUAGCACCACUGUUAGGAAUCUAGGAGUUAUUUUUGAUCAAGAUAUGUCUUUUAGCUCUCACAUCAGUCAAGUUUCAAGAACAGCCUACUUUCACCUUCGUAAUAUAUCCAAGAUCAGGAAUAUCCUGUCGCAAAGUGAUGCAGAAAAACUAGUUCAUGCAUUUGUUACCUCCAGAUUGGAUUAUUGUAACUCUCUUUUGUCAGGGUGCUCUGGCAAAUCUCUAAAGACUCUUCAACGGGUCCAGAAUGCUGCAGCUCGUGUACUGACCAGAACCAGGAAAUGGGACCACAUUACUCCUGUCCUGGCUUCUCUGCACUGGCUCCCUAUACAGUCUAGAAUAGAAUUCAAGAUCCUUCUUCUCACCUACAAAGCUCUAAAUGGCCAGGCACCAUCUUAUCUUAAGGAGCUACUAGUGCCGUACUGUCCCUUGAGAGCGUUGCGGUCCCGGAGUGCAGGCCUGCUGGUGGUACCUACAGUCUCCAAGUGUACUAUGGGAGGUAAAGCCUUCAGUUAUCGGGCUCCUCUCCUCUGGAACCGCCUUCCAGCCGGGGUCCGGGAGGCAGACACAGUCUGUAUUUUUAAGAUUAGACUUAAAACUUUCCUUUUUGAUAAAUCUUAUAGUUAGGGCUGGUGCUGGUGUAGACCAGCUCUUAGUUAUGCUGCUAUAGGCUUAGACUACCGGGGGAACUGGCACCUUGAGCUCCUCUCUCUCUCUCUCUCUCUCUCUCUCUCUCUCUCUGCAUAUACAGUACAUCAUAUUACUGCAUGUAUCUAUCUAUAAAUCUCAGUCACUAACCACCUACUUUCCUGGGAGCUCUUGAGCUCUCCUAGGCUCCUCAAGAUCGUCGGUUGACGGCUUGCCAGAACAACCCCCACCCCACCACUACCCCCUCCCCACCGGAUCGUGGGUUGGCGGCCUGCCAGAACAACCCCCCACACCCCCUCCCCUCCCCACCGGAUUGCUGAUGGACGGUCUACCUCCCCCCACCCCCUUGCUCUCUAUCCCUCUUCCUGCAUCUUAUCCCAUCUCUCCCCCUAUCCCUUUCCAAGCCCGGCACAGUCUAGGCCUGUGAAGACUGUUUCGUCAUGAGCCGGGGAUCCGGCCGAAGAUUUCUGCCUUUUAAUAAGGCAGUUUUUUCUUACCACUGUAACUUUUGCUGCUUUGCUAAAGUGCUCAUGAUGGAUAGGCCGGAUCUUUGUAACAUAGCAAUAAGUAAGGUCUUUUUACCUGCUCUUUUGUAAUGUUAACAGACAAUGAGUAAGUUUGGUUGACGCUAUACAAAUAAAAAUUGAUU